AUGGGAUAUGUCGUCACGGUCAUUGACAUCAACAGCUUCAAGAGCGUGACCAGAGCCCAGAAGUUCCUCGAUGCAGUCGGGCACCUGAUCAAGGGCGUGAUGCCAGACAUUGCGGCCGAGGAGAAUGUGACCAUCCACUUUUGGAUAUCAUUUGCAUUUCUCAUCACAGACACUCAUCCAUAUCACGUUUGGGUUGAGAGGAAUUAUGCAGAGAGGCUCGCUGAGGCGAUCCGAAGGGUCGACAAGUUGGCGACAAGACCUAUCUUUGUGUCGCUCUGCAAGGACCCAAGGUUUCAUGGUAUCCGAUCAGGCAUUCAGGACGCACUGUCGCACUUUGGAAUGGUCAGAGUUCCCAGAGAUCGCAUCAAACAGAUCUUUGUUGGGAAACGUGGAAGACAAUACGGUGUCAUCCGAGAAGAGUUUACUCUGGGUGAUGGUGCCGAAGCCCAUGAACGAUUUGCAUAUCGUGUCACCAAGGACUAUGGGAAUGUCUUCUACAAGGACUACCUCAAGAUGGUGCUCGGAGAUGAUUUCACGGAGGUCAUGGGAUAUGCUGAUGCGACGGCCGAAAAGUGCGGCGACGUGGUCGAAAUGUGGCUUGGAAUGUUGGAUUUGGCCAACAUGACGAAGUCUCAGAUCACGUUCAUGGAGACGAAGGCCGAUCCAGGCGAACUUCUUGCAGGCAAACACUGCACGUGUGCCUAA